AUGCUUACACGACGAGGAUUUCCACUUGACACAGUCCAAUUGCUGGGUCGUUGGGGCAGUGAUGCCAUCAAGGUCUAUGUACAAGAGGCGCCUUUGUAUCGCGGAGACCCACGUCACCGAUGCCAGGAGAACGACAAACCCGAACAGAUCAAGGAGAUGGUUGAGCACUACCUCGAGACCCUCCGACCUCUCCACCGACUGCCUUGCCAGGUACCUACAUGCCACGCGACCAUCGCCGCCUAUGUGCACGAGGAUGCUGUCGUCAGUGACCUCAUCGCCAAGAUCAAAGCGGGAGUAACGGUGGGCACCACCGAAUACAAGCUCGCUGACGACUCCGAGGAGAGUGCAUUGAAAGCACAGUGGUUGGUAUUGAGCCGACACGCCAGGCACAAAUACCAGGCUUCCUUUCAGACGACACAGACCUCGAACGCCGCACCCUCUCAGCCGUCACAGACGACACAACCAGACAAGGACACGAUUCCCAAAUCCUUGCCAGCGGGGGUCUACUCCAAGCUCGUCGAGGAUUACAACUCCAUUACCCUCGACGGUGUACGCCGUGCCUUCCCUGAGAAGCUGCUGCUGGGAGCCGAGAAGGUAUUGGCGAGGAUGGUCUGGACCAGCUUUAACACGAUCAACUCGAACCGCAAAAAGGACUCCUCCGAGAAGAAGCUCAUCUUGGACGACAAGAAUCAGAUCUCUGAAAAGGCACAGGAGGAGUGGGACGUAAAAGGUCAAUGGAUGCUCAUCGACGCGACCCAGGCCAUUCGUUGGGCGUGGAUCUUGCUCAAGUAUGACUCCGAGACUGCCAUCAACAAGUACGUCGAUUGGUUCCAUGGAGUGAUACGCAAGAAUGACCUCAUGGUGGACGUCGCGAAAGUCAACGAGAUCUUGCAACAGCCUUUGACAAAGAAGACCAGGCAAGGGACGACGCUACAGGACAUCUUCUCCCUCGACAGCACAGACAACUUGGACACAGUGGCCGUCGCCCCCUGCGUCAUGGCAGCCGCAGCCCUCCACGUGGACCUGGCCGCCAACACCACCGACAUGGUCUACUCCAGCUCACACGACCCCGACACAGCCUACUCCGACCCCGAUGGUACCUUUCAAUCCGGCACCGAUGGCCCAACCGCGACCUACUUGGUCGCAAGGGCGGUAAGAAAUAGGGACAGCACGGCCCAGUGUCGCAAGACGCUGGAGCCGACCAUCGAAUCACAGACGAUGACAAUAGAGUGUCCACCCUUUGUCGUCGGCCACCUCCCUGUUGUCCACUUGUCCUUUUUCGAUGGUAUCGGUGUCUCAUCCGAAGCCUUACGCCGGAUAUCCGACAAUGUCCUGCUCACCUUGGCUUGGGAAACGAAUGCAGCUUGUGCCGAUUUUACACACGAGCGCUUCGGGUCGAUAAAGAUGGGCGACGCCGCCAACAUCGACAUUGACAAGGUUGUUUCCUACAUCGACCAACGGCUAGGACAACAACAGUUCAUCGUGCUCAUUACCGCCGGUCCUCCCUGCCCAGACUUCUCUCAAGCCAAGAAGUCACCGAAAGGAGCGGCCGGGGACUCGGGAUGGCUGUUCAAGCAUAUGAUUGACAUCGAGUACAACCUUCGCCUACGGUUCAAGGGGAGACCGUUCGAGACAGUCAUCGAGAAUGUCGUACCACAUCCAUCUCUUCGUGAUCACUUACUCGAGAUGACAGAGCCUUUGUGCAUGCAACCUAUUGUGCUCGACGCGGCGGACGGCGGAUUGGCCCCCCGGAAACGUCUCUGGUGGACGUCCAUCGACUGGCAAGACGUCGAAGCCAAGUUGUGGCAAGAUGACCAUCAUCGAUAUCCACCGUGGCAGUACGAGGGACUCCAGGUAGGCUACACCGAGAGACCUGUCGGGGGCGACAACACACAACGCGAUGUCGCCCUGGGGAAUGCUUGGCAUCUUCCGACCGCUAUCUGGAUCCUCUUCUUGGUCCUGCUCGGUACUGCAGAAGCGGCGAUACCACGAUCACCACAUGAGUCUGCACUGGACAAGGUAGUCAACCUUUGGACAGCGACGAGAGUUCCCUUCGGACCACCACCGCGACGGGGCGGUUGUGAGUACAUGCCGCAGUUCUCCUGGACCGAACACCUGGAUUGGGCCCUACAUCGCGACACCAACAUGACGCCCAAAGAACUCGAUCCGACGCUCACUUGGUGCCUUGAACACAGACACCUCUUUCACCCGUUGGCACAGUUUCAGCACGAUGUCAUCUCGGAGAUCAACGAUCUGGUUGUGGACUUUGAGGAGCACACAAUGGCUUCGUUUCAUACUCUACCCCCACAUGUACAACGAGCCUACACGCACAAAGACUCCGUGACACAGAUCCCGAUUUUGAUACACUUGCUGCGACGACUAGGAUACCCUCAGACCGAGGUCUUGUACCGGGAAUUGUCGGAGGGUUUUCCCCUCAUGGGCAAGCUCACACCAGGAGUCAACUGGCACGUCCGCCAGGAUCGCAAGUACCUUCAACCUACCCCGAUGGAAGACUUCAAACAUAAGAACCGCGAGUACAUCCGCAACAAGCUCGAGACGAACCGCGUCGAUGAUCAUUGGGAAUUCAUGCUGGACGAGAUAUUGGCCGAAGUUGGGCCGGAUGAACGGUCCGUUCAAGGUAGACUAAUCGACACGGAUGAGCACCCCGGCCUUAGUGCUGAUUUGGUGCAGCCUGACGGCAAUGCGCUCCCGGAAAACGCAUAUGAAAUGAAGACGGCGAUUCUGCACUUGGUUCGAUACUUAGGCUCGGCGAGUUUGCCAGCAAAGCAUUGGCCGAGCGAGCGUGCAGCCGAAGAAACCGAGGUUUGGGCAUUUGGUUGUGUUGUCUACGAGAUGUGCACGUUGAGGCACCCUUUCGAAGCCAGAAACCAAGCUGCGCUGUUAAUCAAGAUCCUUCGAGGGCAGUUUGCUCCCAUCCAGGCCUCGUAUUCGCAGGACUUGCGCGAGCUGAUCGACGGGUGUCUGCAGCGAGAGCUCCAUAAACGCACCCGGCUCGCAGACAUCUUCGCCAGAGCAGCCGUGCAGUCCUGGGCUGCUCACCUUGCGAUUUCGCUGGAAGCCUGGAGCGGUCCCGUCAGAGUACAAACACAGAGGCGGCCCCCACAGCCAAGAGCUGGCUCAACCGUUUCAGCCAAGGCAACGCAGGCGCGCUCUGCAAAGGGCAUCCCGCGCACCAGGGUGAGAUUGGACCCACGAGCCGGGGCGGGCCGUCGUGAGGAGGGGUCCAAGCAAACGCUAGUGGCUCCAAAGACUCGAGCCUCAGACAGGACCCACGUGGCCAAAGGCAUCCAGGAUGAUGGAAAGCCGAAACUGCCAAGAUGUGAUGGUGAGAAGGCCCGUCUGAAGGCGGAAGUUGCUGAGUUGCCCGACGUGGUUGUUGCUACGGCCAGGACCAGUCGGAACGUUCCAUCAGUGCAGCAGCUGUUGAAGAUGGAUGACUCACCUGUGAAACGGUUGCUUCAGAGGAAUGGUGGGAGGCUGACGCAGGCUGCGCUGCAGGAAGACGCGGAGUCAAUUGAGGAAGUAACUAUUCGCCCCGAAGAUACAGUUCGGCAGGCACAGGCUGGAUCUGACGAGAUCAGGGAAGAGCUGGAAGCUCCCGAUUCUGAUUGGGAUGGCGAUGCCGAAGUCACGCACCAGAGCGUCUUCGAGGACUCGCUUCUCUACACUGGCACAUCUCUGUGUGACGAUGGCGAUGGCAGCCCCACCAGUCGAUUUGAGCUUGAAUGGAGCGCAGAGGAGGAGCCGUUUGCUCUGACUGCGACACUCGACGACGGACUCCUUUGCGAUGCUUGUGACCACCGCUUUUUGGAGCCAUCUCGAAAACAAGAGGAAGAUGUGGAAGAAGAAGGCCCAACAACUUCCAAUCCAUCUCCAGUUGUGGAGGAGCUGGAGCCCACAAUCGUGGAGGAUCAGCCUGUUUCGGCUUCGGGCAGCAGGCGUUUGAGCGAAAGAGCUGGCCGAGCGGAAGCUGAACUUGCGAGACUCACUUCCCAAAUCAACAGAUUGUACUCGGAUGUCGCUCGAGACCUCGAUGCCGGUGCUCGUGCGGUUUGGGAUGAGCUGUAUGCGCUGUUUCAGGACAUCCGAUGUUGA